GUCAGUCUCCCCCUACGCCGAGGACAAGUCUUGGACGAGUCCCACCGACACGCGAACGCGCGCGCACUGUGGACUUGGAAACAAGACGCGCAAGAAGACUGCGCUACUUUUAACGGCGUUGGAGGAAAAAUACAAGAUUUACCGUGUGUCAACUUACUGACAUUAUAAGCAUGCAGCACUACGGCGUGAACGGCUAUUCGCUGCACGCCAUGAACUCCCUAAGCGCCAUGUACAACCUCCACCAGCAGGCGGCGCAACAGGCGCAGCACGCGCCCGACUACAGGCCGUCCGUGCACGCGCUCACUUUGGCGGAGAGACUUGCUGACAUCAUCCUCGAAGCUCGUUACGGCUCUCAGCACCGCAAACAGCGCCGUAGCCGCACGGCCUUCACCGCUCAACAACUGGAAGCCCUGGAGAAGACCUUCCAGAAGACGCACUACCCCGACGUGGUGAUGCGGGAGCGGCUGGCCAUGUGCACCAACCUGCCCGAGGCCCGUGUGCAGGUUUGGUUCAAGAACCGCAGAGCCAAGUUCCGUAAGAAGCAACGCAGCCUCCAGAAGGAGCAGCUGCAGAAACAAAAGGAGACAAGUGGGGAUGGAGCAGCUGAACAGGAGGACGCUCCUGCACCUUCCACGACUGUCCUUCCUGAUCCCCACUUACCUCCGUCCACCUCAGCUUCUCUGGAGACAGACAGUCCGGCGGUGUGUCCGGGCCCACCAGACAUGGAACUGAACGUGACGUCGGCCGAGCAGUCUGGCAGCGAGUCUGCGACGGAGGACAACGCAACAGAUAAGGAGGAUGAGAGUAAAUGUCAGCACAGCGAGAGAGCCGUGACACCAGGAGACGUUUCUUCGCCCUGCAGGAGACUCAGCCCGAAAGCAGACUCACCUCUCGUCUCUCCGUCCGUGACUCCUUCGUCAUCCAGCAGCGGCCUGGCCGGUGGAGGCGGUCCCCUCUCCCAGAACCACUCGUACUCCUCCUCCCCCCUGAGCCUGUUUCGCCUGCAGGAGCAAUUCCGCCAGCACAUGGCCGCCACCAACAACCUGGUGCACUACCCUGCUUUUGACUUGGCCGCCCCCUCUUCACUCCCCUACCUGGGGAUGAACGUCAACAUGCCCCCAGCGCCGCUGGGCACUCUGCCCUGCCAGUCUUACUACCAGUCGCUGUCUCAUCAUGCCCAGCAGGUUUGGGGCAGCCCGCUGCUGCAGGCGUCGGCGGCCGCGAGUGGACUGAGCAGCCACAACAGCAAGACCACCAGCAUCGAGAACCUGCGGCUGAGGGCCAAACAGCACGCUGCCUCUUUGGGACUAGACACCUUGUCCAACUGAGAGUUCUGUGUCCAAAGUUUUCAAGCGGGGACGACGUGCGUGCGAAGCUUAAUGACAAAGCAUCUGCUGCUGUUUUAAACUCAAGAGAAAUCAGUGACAACCUUGAGAAAAAUGUUUGAAAAGUAAACACACAAAGUGCAUGUUUCUACUCAAGGACGCUCAUAUUUGAAGUCUGAAACAAGUUCAACAAUAACAGGUGAUGUUUACAAGAAUAAUGUGAAUAUAUGAGGCACUUUUUGAGGGGUGGAGCACGGUGACCGCAAGGUAAAACGUUUCACAGCAUCUUUUGUUUGAAAUCGUUACCACAAUAUAAAGUUUACAUAAAAGUUCAUUUGUGGAAAUAUGAAAUGGCGAUUACAACAUAUUUACGGUAUUUGUGGCCAUGAAAUAUGUGCACACAAAAUAGUAAUUUGUGGUUGUGAAAUAGGUGCACAAUUUUGCGGCCAUGAUAUACGUACAACAAACACACCAAAUAUUAAUUUGUGGCCACAAAAUAGUUGCGGCAAAUCUUGUCGAGAAAUUAUUAAGCAAUUUUUAUUUUUUUUAGUCUGGAGGAUUGAUGAGCUACAACGAAUCCAUCCAACACAAAUGAGGAUUUUGGACUCACUACAAUUACUUUUAAUCCCUUCACCACUCUGUCUCAUGACUUGGGCUCCAUAAAUAUAUUGUGGAACGCUGAAUAAUAAUUAAAAAAAAAAAACUUCUACCAAACCUUUGGAAUAUACACAACAUGUUCGACAUCACAGCGAAAGCAAGGCACGUUGUCCUCAGCGGUAUUAUUGAGAGUGACUUAUUUACCAGUUAAUAGUCGGCGAUGCAGCGCUUUGUACAUAAUGCCAACAUGAUUUCAGUGACUAAAUUCUCAAAGCAUUUUAAUUACAUUUAGCCCGAGGGGGAGGAGGGCCAGGGCAAAUGUAAUAAUGAGCAUGCAUACCAUUUAAGAAAGAUUGUUACACUUAAACUGUCAAAUGAUGGAGCCACAUUAGACAUCACUUGACGAAGAAUUGAUCCAUCUUCCAAAAAUAGGACAUAUCAUAAAUUAGUAAAAGUCUCUUGGGGAAACUUGCUGCUUUUCAAUGAAAGUCCCACUGACUGUUAGCACUUCUGGCAUCGGCUGAUAAUGGGAAUCAGAAACACACACACACUCACACUAUUUUAAUAUGUGAAAUAUAAAAUCUAUCUUAAUAAUUGUAAAGUAUUGUACUAUGUUGUAUAACUGAUAAUGGAAGUCCUUUAAGUCAUUUUAGCUGUAAGAUUGUAUUUGCUGAUGCCAUCCCUCCCCGAUGGAUCCUCUGUCUUUGUCCACAACUUGGUCCAGUGGUGUGUGCUAGAUAGGUUAUAAUGUAAGAUUUUGAGGACAGCUGUUUCCUUUCCUCUUCCCAAACAGUGUAGACUUAGUGUUGUUGAAAAAUAUCUACAAAUAAAAAAACAGCUUGAAGAUGUUUAUAUUGGAAACUUUUUCUGCUGGGUGCAUUUGUUUCAUUGUUAACAGCAUUUUGGAUUUUAUUUGUUUUAUUUUUAUCCAAUUUUCAAAAACAAAGUGUCAUCAUAUAUUCAUUUUGGUAAUUAAGAUUUAAUGUAAUUUAAAGACGCUGUGUUAUAUGACACAUCCAUAUAAACUAAUAUGUUCUCAGUGUUAGUCGAAAUGGAUUUGAUUGUUAUAGAUGAAGUUACAAAUUUAAGACUUUAAUUAAAACAACUUAAUAAAGUUGUUUGUCCUAAUUUGUAGCAUGAAAAGGAACAAUAAUUCACAUUUGCCCGUGACGAGAGAAAAUUAGUCAUCCCAGAAAUGUAAAGACUAAAUU